AUGGCUUUCAUGGAAUUGUCUUUCAAGACUGCAGCAUCGGCCAUCACCGCGCCCCCUGAACUCAAGAAAGCCAUAUUCUAUGCAAAUGGUCACAAUCAAGCAAUGACAACAUGCAUUUUGCUCUUGACACCGCGCGUGCGAGUUCUCAGCCUGGAAAUUACCCCUAACAUGCGGAACUCGUGUAUCAUCCGAUGGAUUUUGAGUGGCACCCUUCGGGAGGAUGGGGACUUCCAUCCCAGCGACUUCGAAAUCCGAAAAGAACAGCAAAUUCCCGCUGGCACAGUCGAGAAUACCACACCCAAAGCGCUAUACCUUCACGAACUCGAGGAGCUACGGCUGUACAUACGCACGAGAUCAGCUGGUUACCCAAUAGAUGCGUUCGUCGGCGUUUUACUUCUUCCGAAACUCAAGACUCUGAGUCUAACAAACUUUACGUGGCCUUUCGACGAAUCAGAGAAACUGAGAUGGGGUAGUGUGUCUAGCCUUUUAACAAGACUUGAGCUUCACAAUUGCCGAAUUGAGCCAUCUGCACUCGGUCACAUUUUGGCGCAGUCCAAGAACCUGAAACACCUCACAAUUGACCUCUACAUAUAUUCUGCGCUUCCUAAGGAUUUCGGAGAUGUCUUUAGAGAGCUUGGAGGGUGUCUAGAGACGAUCCUGUUCUCAACUAAGGCUGUCGAGGAGUUUGGGGCACACAGCACCUGGCCAACAAUAUUAGGAUGUUUGGGAACUCUCAAAGAACUUAGUUCUUUGAAGCAUCUUGGCAUCAAUAGAAGAAACAUUGGUAACCCACCAAUAUCGAGGGAUGCUUUCGAGGAUGGGUCAGAAAUUGUUCUGGCUGAUGCCCUCCCACACUCUUUGAAAACGCUGCAUCUAGUCACGGAAGGAGGGACGUGGGAGACAUUGACAAAAUAUACCGAGUAUACUGCCUUCCAUAGAUACGAAAACGAACAAGUAGAUCUCAUUGCUGCUACUGGUGAAGCCACAGCGACGCCUUACUUUAUCUACCGCCUUCGCGACGCCAUGCUCGCUGACCCAACAGGCCGCCGUAUCCUCCGAGCCCGACCCAGAAUCUCCUCCAAGACCCUGUCUCUUGAUGCCCUACGAGCGCUUCCAGAGAACACCGUAGGCCGCGCCUAUGUCGGCUGGCUCGAUCGCGAAGGUGUCUCCCCCGACACUCGGUCCGCAGUGCGCUACAUCGACAACGAGGAGUGCGCAUACGUCAUGCAGCGUUAUCGCGAGUGUCAUGACUUCUACCACGCCCUGACAGGUCUACCUAUUGUGCGCGAGGGCGAAGUCGCCCUUAAGGCGUUCGAGUUCGCCAAUACACUGCUUCCCAUGACAGGAUUGAGCAUCUUUGCGGCAGCGACUAUGAAGAAGAAUGAGCGACAGCGAUUCGCCUCGACAUAUUUACCCUGGGCUCUUAAGAACGGAGCGCGGGGCAAGGAGGUUAUUAAUGUGUUCUGGGAAGAGAGAUUGGAGGAUGACGUGAAUGAUUUGAGAAAAGAGCUUGGCAUUGAGCAACCGCCCGAUAUGAGGGACGUUCGCAAACGGGAGAAGGAGGAGAAGAAGAGGCUAAAAGAGCUGAGAGAGCAUGGUCUAUGA